GAAUGGCCUGUAGUUACUUUGUUUACUGCCUAGAGUUCACUGAUAGCAGUGACCCAUCAAGGUGGGAACUUGUUAAUGAACAACACACCAUCCCAGACUCUUGUGGUUACAGCCCUGUUAUAAUGGCAUAAAACUGAUGUCAUCUGACAAGCAAGCCAUACCGACUGCACCGCCACAGGCAAGGGAGAUUUGGCUUUCUCUCAUUCGCUGCCGUCUCCCACCAGCAGGUGUUCACUCACUGAUUCAACCCGAACUGACCGCCGCAGCGUCCAUUGCAUUUGCCAGACGCCACCAUGGACAAAAAGAAACGCCUGGGCGCUGCGCUCCGUCUGAUCCUGCUGUUCUUUGGCUUCAGCUUCAUCUGCGUGGGCGCCUACCUGAAGUCUCUGGAAGGCGGCAGUAAGGUCACGGUGCCGGCCGUCUUCGCGUACCUCAUGGUGGCAGGUGGCUUCCUGCUGCUUCUGAUGGGCGCCUUCUGGUCCAUCUGCCACGGGAUGAGGAGCAGCCUGUACAGGCAGAGACGCCACAGGAGACGGAGCACCCAGGUGUACGUCUACACAGUGGACAGGCCAAACUUUUACCCUCCCUCAUAUGAGGAGUCACAAGCCGAAACUAACACCAUCAACCAGGUCUGUUUUUGCAUGGCCCCCCCGCUGUACACCCCCACCGGCUCUGAAAUGGUGAACGAGGCCUUCAGUCACGAGCAACCCCCCACCUACGACCAGGUUUUGGGUCAGCACCAGCAGAGCCCAGGCGGGCCGCCAGAGGGCCCCUUCUCACAGACACGAUGAGGCAGCGCACCAGUAAACCUGGCGCUCAGUACGCCUCCAGAGGUCAGAGGGCAGUGUUCUGGUGGGCAGUGCGUGAUGUGCUGGACCCCACGGCGCUAAAGCCUCUCUCUCUAGUGACAAGUCUCUGCUGGGUGUCAUCUGCACAUGGGCUUCAGUAGUACUGUGACACAGUAGCUUGGAAUGCACCCGUGUGCUUUAGGAGGCGUUCUGGAUGAGACACAGACACGUCUGGUAUGUGCGGAGGGGUCAAGUGAGCAAGCAAGCACUGAAGCACUCAUGCUGAAAAACACAUGUCUCUGAGAUAAUAUACCAGUGGGGUUCUGGAAUAUCAGCCAUCUAGAAGCUUCUGAAACCUACAGAGACUUCCUGGUGAUCUGUGAACAUGAGUCAAAAAGAAAAAGCUGUCCUGAAAUAGUCCUUGUAUUACACUACCUAUGGAUGGACAUGGACAGUGUGCCAACAGCUGUACAAUAAGGAUGUCUGCAGGUAAUGGGGGGUCGGUUAAUCUCCUGAAUCUGCCAGUGUGUACUGAGAUUGUGAUGUAGGCACAAUUAGGAACACUGGAGACAGAUAUUAAAGGAGAACCGUAACUAGUUGCGCUGCAGUACCGGUUAAGCCUUCGUGAAGUACAAACUGAUGUGUUACACGUGAGAAAUUAGCCAUGCUUUCAAAAGCAGCUGUGACUGUACUGUAAGAUUUUAAGGCAGCGAGUAUUAAGGAGAUGUGCACGUUGAACAAACGAAUGUUCCAAGAACCAUGGUGAUGCCAUUACAUAUAUGGGAUAUGUAACAUGGUAGCCUAUUCCAUUUGUGAACUGUGGACAUUUCCUCUAUGUAGAAAAAUGCUAACUUGCUGUGCUAUGCUAACUUGUUGCAUCAUUGCAUUUGUUACAACAAUAGAAAUGUUGUUUUUGUGUUACUCAGUAUCAUGAGUCUUGAAUUUGUGGAAAAUCCUGUGCAAUAAAUGCAAAAGCUGUUUACUUCA